AUGGCGAAACCCAAGAAACCUACACCACAGGAGCUCUACAUCGAGAGGAAGAAGCGCGAGGAGGCUGAGAAAGAGGCGAGCCUACCUCCGGGGCUCAUAAACCACGGUAACACCUGCUUUAUGAAUUCCACUCUACAAGGGCUCAUCGCAACCCAGCCAUUGCGAGAUCUCGUUUUCUUUCACCCCGUCUCUACCGCGUUGCAACCAGCCGAGGGUUCGCGUAUUCUUGCCAAGAGAUCUCCCCAACUCACAAACGGCCAUGGAUUGGGCGACUCAGACGAGCUUGACUGGUCAGAAGGGAUGCCACUAGGGGACAUCUUUACCACUGUCAUGAGAAAGGCUUGGGGCAUCCAGGAUGCAAGGCGGAGAGAGACCAUGAGCCCAAAGGAGGUGCUAACCACCAUCGGGCGUAAGUACGACCAGUACCUCGACUUCCGCCAGCAGGAUGCACACGAAUUUCUGCGGCAUAUGCUCGACGCUAUGCGCAUGGAGGAGCUCGAUAUCAUCAAGAAACGACAACCUCCCCCACCAAAGAAAAAACGCAGACGGCAUGACAAGGAAUCCGCCACCCCCUUGGCAUCUCCUGCACACCCAACUUCCGCACUACCCCCAAUACCUUCAUCAUCAUCUCAGUCAUCCCAGACCGCACCUCAACCCUCACCAGUUGCUCCGCCAGAACAAGCGCUCGAGCCACACGGCGAUGACAAGCUCGAGUCGUUCGUCGACAUGCUCUUCGGCGGACAACUCGCGAGCAUUCUCGUCUGCGAACGCUGCAAGAACGUCUCUAUCACAUACGAAGACUUCAACGACCUCAGUCUAAGCAUCAAACCCGAGGACUACGCCAAGGGCCGCAAGCGCGACCGCAUCAAGCGCAUCGCGCGCAAGCUCCGCAUCCGCCCGCCUGAGCCACACCGCCCGCGCGGCAUGUUCGGCGGGGUCGUGCAGCGCGCGUCGUCCGUGCCCGCGAGCCCCGUGCGCCGCAGCUCCGAGCUUCCAGUCGAUGAGGAGCCACCGCAGCACGAGGAUCCGCGCCGACGGAGCUUCGACCACGCUGGGGGAGAGGCGGACGAGGCGCGUGAUGUCGUGAAGGAGAUGGCAGGUGCGGCGUUACCGAGCGCGGGGCUCGGGUGUGCGAUCGCGGAGCAUGAGGAGGACGAGGACGCGGUGGAGAUCACGCAUGCGGACGCGGCGGAGGCCGAGGGGAGUGGGAACGGCCCGGAGGAGAAAGGGAAAGAUAAAAAGGACGAUGCGUGGGGGAAGAUCGCGCGGCGGAUCAGUGUGUCGAUGAAGCUCGGGGGCGCGCGGGAUAAGGACCGCGAGAAGGACAAGGAUAAGGAUAAAGACUCGCGGCCGUCCAGUCGCCAGAGCGAGCGCGGGCGCAAGUCAGACAUGAAGGACGCACUGCGCCCCAAGCGUGGCGGCGAGGCGCGUUCGCCCCGAACGGGUUCGCUCGCGCCUGGGGCCUCCACCCACGACUCUGCGUUGGACUCGGGUGAGAUCUCAGACCCUGGCCGCCCGAGAGCAUCGUCGCCCGUUCCGCCAUCCCCACGCAUCUCUUCGCCGCUGGUUCGACCAUCCAGCUCGCGACACUCCUCCACAAACCCGUUCAGCCACCAUCACCACCGACGGAAAGAAGACGCAGCGAAGGCCUACGCCGCCCCGCAUAUGUCGGACGAUGACAUGGCGUACAUCCGGCGUGUACUCGCGGAUGUGCACCCUGUAACAGGCAACCCGCUUUCCAUCCUCCAGAACGCUUUCAGCACCAGCACCAGCAAUGGUUCGGGCAUUUCGGGUACAACGACGCUUGCCACUCAGGCGCUCUGGGCGAAACUCGGCCAUCUACCGGGGAUCGAGGAAUGUCUGCGCAUGUUCACCGCGGUCGAGAUCCUCGACGGGGAGAACAUGGUCGGGUGCCACCGAUGUUGGAAGAUCGCAAACGGGCUGUACAAGCCGCGUCCGCGCGAGCACGGUGUGUCUGUAGGGUUCGACGAGGACACGGAUAGCGAGACCGAGAGUGAGAGCAGCAGCAGCUCGUCGGAGACGUCGGGGUCGGAUAAGUCGGACGCGAGUGUGGCGAAGGCGUCCGUAUCCGGUACGCACCCCGUCGUGCCAGGGCUCCACGACAUGGACGGCGGGGCGCCUGAGUCGUCGCCGGAUCUCAGCAGUGGCCGUGUUUCGCCCGCGUCGACGUCCAAAGUAUCGUCGCAUAUCACGCACUCCUCGAGCACGACAUCCAUAUCUUCCGCGCCAACGACCGUGGAAACUUCCGUAUCUCCCCCGAGGCCGACACCCCAUGCGCGGAAGGACAGCGUCGUCCCCCCAGAAACGUACGGUGGCCUGCCGAUUCCUAAGAUUUCUACGACCGAGCCCGAGGCGCCCAACUCUGCGCCGACCAGCCACACCACUUUCCAUGCCGAUCCAAGUGAAGCCGGAGAUGCCCUCACCCGUACUUGGUCUACCCCUGGCGCGGUCGGGGUCGCGGCUUCUAGCGACUCGCUCCUGACACCACGCGCUCGGCGCAUCGGGCGGACCAAAGGCGGCCGGAAAGACGGCAUCGAAGACAGCGGGGAGAGCUCGGACGACGAGUUCGACGAUUCCGAGAGCGACACGUCCGCCGCGGCCUCUGCCCGCUCGGAUGGCUCCAUCUCCCCCUCGGUCUCGCCGAGCGCGUCGCCCAACUCCUCCGUCGAGAAGCUCACGGGCGUGUCUCCAUUGGGCUCGCCGCGCGUACACACACCGCGCGGGUCGGCAGAUGCAGCGGCGAAGAUCCCGCGCUCGAAGCAAGUCGUGCUGCGCAAGAUGUACAAACGCUACCUGAUCAGCACGCCCCCACCGGUGCUCGUGAUACAUCUCAAGCGCUUCCAGCAGAGCGCGAAGGUGCACACGAUCUCGCUCUCGGGCGGGUUCAAGAAGCUGGACGACUUCGUCGCGUUCCCGGAGCAGCUCGACCUCGCGCCGUUCCUCGCGCCGAAGCGCGCGGACUUUGCGCACGACCAGGUGGAGAAGGGCAAGGGGAAGACGGAGCGCUGCAUGUACCGGCUGUAUGCGGUCAUCGUCCAUAUAGGCAACAUGUUGGGCGGCCACUACGUCGCAUACACGGCGCUGCCACAAAACACGAUCGUACCGCAACCGCCCGUUACGCCCACACCAUCCUCCACGCCCGCGCCACCGUCCCCGCCCGUAGCCGAGUCCGAGAAGCCAGCGACUCCCUCCCUAUCAUCGAACGAGUCCCGCUCGAGCCAGGCGUCAGAUCCUCCGCGCCCACAGCAGCCGCACCAGCGCCAGUGGGCCUACAUCAGCGACACGAUUGUCCGCCUCACGACGAUCGAAGAGGUCCUCAAAGCGAAGGCAUACAUCUGCAUGUACGAGCGCGUCUGAGGCUCCACCCUAUCUCUCGUAUCCUCUCCCCCUUUGCUUAGCGUAUCGCCCUCUCCAAUACCCUACCCUCAUCUCG